GUGUGCCCCGCCCGGCUGGUGGUUGCGGCAAAGCAAGUGUCCAUAAGCGGGAGCCUUUAUCCGGAGCCUUGAGAGCACAUUUCUAUGGAAUUGCGUGUGUUUCACGAUUUCCGGUUCGCAUUUCUGUCGCUUUAUUGAGCUGGAAAUAUAUUAGGCAUGAACAAUUUUACUCCUGGACCUCCUAGAGCUACCAAGUCGGCUCCUACGGUAUUCUGUUUCAUUUGUGGACGACAAUUCGGUUCGAAAAGCAUUGCAAUACACGAACCGCAAUGUCUGAAGAAGUGGCACGCUGAGAACGAGAAGCUACCCAAGUCGAAGCGACGAGCUGCUCCAGUGAAACCUGAGGCAGUUAUUGGAGAUGAUGGGCGCUUAGAUGCGGAGGCUACUAAUGAGGUGCUGUGGAAGAAUGCGCAAGGAUUAAUGGUUGAGUGCGAACAUUGUGGCAGAAAGUUCAAUGAAGAUCGCUUGUCAGUUCAUCAGAGGAGUUGUACAGCUGACAAACCUGCCAAAAGCGUGGGAAGGAGUAGAUCAAAAAGUCAAUCAAAACGUUAACCUACCAUUUAUCAAAAUUUCACAACAUCAUCAGGAUCAGUUGUUUUUCUAGAAGUAAUUGUCACAUCUGAAAAAUAAUAAUAUUAAUUUGUCGCAUUUCGAAAACAUUUGAGAAAAUCUUCGAAAUGUUUUUAACAACUGUCGUGCUCUGUUCCACUUUUAAAAAACGUAGUCAAACUAAAUACUUUUCAGACUGAUUCACAAAUUUAGUUUAAUAUACGUACACUUCUUGAUUCUCAGCGUUCUAUUUCUUUAUAAUCACCUUUGGAGCACUAAUUUUUUUUUAAACAUUUCCCUGAUCAUUUCCCUUUUGCUUGCUUUACUCACUAUUUUGUAUCUCAUUACUAUUUAUAUUGUACUGAACAUCUCCGCGUAGUUUAGCCAUUUUGUCAUCUGUGAAACUGUAUGAAUCUCUAAUUGAACUUGUUUCCCUUGAAA